UCUAUGCUUAUGACAUAACAACAAUAACAUUAAUUGUCUGAACCAAUAAAUCAAAUACUCAGAUUCCGGAAAAAAUCCCUAGAUAAUUGUUCAUCCUCCAUGAGUUCAGAUAACAAACUACUUCCGAAGCGAAUCAUCCUCGUACGCCACGGCGAAUCCGAAGGAAACCUCGACACAUCGGCAUACACCACGACCCCUGAUCACAAGAUCCAGCUAACCGAAUCCGGUUUGCUUCAGGCGCAAGAAGCAGGCGCACGUCUCCGCGCCUUGCUCUCCUCCAAUCCUUCUUCGCCGGAGUGGCGCGUCUGCUUCUACGUCUCCCCUUACGAUCGGACGCGUUCUACGCUCCGUGAGAUCGGACGGUCCUUCUCGCGCCGCCGCGUGAUCGGCGUUCGAGAAGAAUGUCGGAUCAGGGAGCAGGAUUUUGGGAAUUUUCAGGUUAAAGAGAGGAUGAGAGCGACCAAGAAGGUUAGAGAGAGGUUUGGUCGGUUCUUUUAUCGGUUCCCGGAGGGUGAAUCCGCCGCCGACGUUUUUGAUCGCGUCUCCAGUUUUCUUGAGUCUCUAUGGAGAGAUAUUGACAUGAACAGACUUCACAUGAACCCGACUCAUGAGCUAAACUUUGUGAUCGUCUCGCACGGGUUAACAUCGCGUGUGUUUCUGAUGAAAUGGUUCAAGUGGACCGUGGAACAGUUUGAGGCAUUAAACAAUCCCGGGAACAGCGAGAUCAGAGUUAUGGAGUUAGGACAAGGCGGUGACUACAGCUUGGCAAUUCAUCACACUGAGGAAGAGUUAGAGAGAUGGGGUUUGUCACCGGAGAUGAUUGCAGAUCAGAAAUGGCGGGUUAACGCGCAUAAAGGCGAAUGGAAAGAAGAUUGUAAGUGGUAUUUUGGUGAUUUCUUUGAUCAUAUGGCUGAUUCAGAUCAUGAAUCCGAGGCUGAUGGCACUGAAGAAGUCGUUACAAAUUUAAAUCUACUAACGAACUCAGAAGAUAACAAUGAGGAGUUAUGCAAUGGACAAUGCAGCUGAUAGUUAGUGGGUAAGUGUUGUACAAACUUGUGUGUGGUCUAUAAGAUAACGUUACAAGAGAACUUUUAUUGAAUCAGAGCAUUUAUCGUUGUGAAAGGAAAGUUAUUAGAGAAUGCUCUGUUUUAACUUUUAUCACACAUGAAAAAACAACAAAAGACCCACUAGAGGUUCUGAUUUCAAGACGACACCGUCUGGGAAUAUGUACCGGACAGAAUUUUCUGUGAAACAAA